AGGACAAUUAUAAUAGUGGACAUUAGUGAAUGAUGACACUAUCAUCCCAAAAGAUGUUGCGCAGAGAGAGAGAGAGAGUUUAUCUGCAUACGUACAUAGCCCUAGAAGGCUCCAACAAAGAGCAACAAGCAGAUAUAAAUAUGUGAGUUCACUUAACCAUUUCCUUAGGAAAAACACAGCACUUCUAGUACUGUUUUCCUCUUCACUAAUUCCUCCAAACAUCCUAUAUAUUGCUAAUAUAUUACUUAUAUAUUUAUUAGUAUUGUGUGUGAGCAAAAUGGUGAAGCUAAGCAACUUUUAUGAAACCUCCAAACCCUACUUUGCCAUGAUCUCUUUACAAUUCGGCUAUGCUGGCAUGAACAUCAUCACUAAAGUGUCCCUAAACCGUGGCAUGAGCCACUACGUCCUUGUUGUUUACCGUCAUGCCAUCGCCACUGCGGUCAUCGCCCCCUUCGCCAUAUAUUUUGAGAGGAAAGCACAACCCAAGAUAACUUUCCCAGUUUUCAUGCAAUUAUUUAUCCUUGCUCUUCUUGGUCCGGUGAUUGAUCAAAACUUUUACUACGCUGGUUUGAAAUUUACGUCUCCAACUUUCUCGUGUGCAAUGAGUAACAUGCUUCCUGCAAUGACAUUUGUAAUGGCCGUCUUAUGUGGAAUGGAAAAGGUGGACAUGAAAAGAGUGAGGUGCCAAGCAAAAGUAGUGGGAACAUCAGUGACGGUGGCUGGGGCAAUGUUGAUGACUUUAUACAAAGGUCCCAUAGUGGAGAUGGUAUGGUCUAGGCAUAUUCAACCUAAGGAAUCUGAUGUUGCUGACACCACCGCCGAGAAGCACUGGUUUCUUGGCUCCAUCUUCCUUAUAAUCGCCACACUUGCUUGGGCUUCUCUCUUUGUCUUGCAAAACAAGGCGUUAAAGACGUACAAGAAUCACCAACUUUCCCUUACAACGUUAGUGUGUUUAAUUGGAACAAUACAAGCCGUUGCUGUCACCUUUGUUGCCGAACACAAACUCUCUGUGUGGAGCAUUGGUUGGGAUAUGAAUUUACUUGCUGCUGCCUAUGCUGGAAUUGUUACAUCAAGCAUUUCAUACUAUGUCCAAGGCAUAGUGAUGAAGAAAAGAGGACCAGUGUUUGCUACUGCUUUUAGUCCAUUGAUGAUGAUCAUUGUAGCCAUCAUGGGCUCUUUUAUCCUGGCUGAGAAAAUUUUUCUUGGAAGUGUGCUUGGUGCGGUUUUGAUAGUCAUUGGGCUUUACUCAGUCCUAUGGGGAAAGCACAAAGAAGCAAUAGAAAAUGAGGAGAUACCAGAAGCUAUAAAGUAUCAUCAUAAUCAUGUAAAUGUCAUUAAUGGAAUUUCAGUGAUUGAAGAUAUUGAAACUAAUAAUAAGCUGGGAGAUGAACUUAAGAAGGGAGAUCAAUUAUUGAUCAAUAAUAACAAGCUUAUAAUUUCCUCUGUUGCCAUAAGUUUGCCUAUCCAAGAUCCAUCAAUGAAACCCAACCAAUUACCAAAGGCCUAAUCAAAAAUCAAGUGAAAUAAUGGGAAUAUUGUGGGGAUGGGCUUUUUUGUCUUCUUCAUCCUCGAUUUUUUUUUCUUUUUCUAUUUUAGAUAUAAAUAUCAGUUUACAUUUCGGGUUUUGCACUAUGUAGUAUGUAUGUUAAUGUUAAGGAGUAAUUAAUGAAAUUAAUAUAUUAUGAUAA